CGUAUGAUUGUUGGUAUCUCUUAGUGAUGCAUGUUAUUGCCUGGCGGUAUUUACUAAAAUACGCUUUUUCGUUGCAUGAAACAUAUCCUGGCAAUUCAAUCGCAUCAUGGGAAUUGUUUCACAUUUUAUUCUAUCGACCAAACAUGCAAUCCUGCUCCUUGGGCGUUUGUUUACAUAUGGUGUGAACUCCAGUUUUUUUACGUUGAGAAAUGUCAACAGCAGUGCGCCUGUGUGUAGGAAUCGCAUGAAAGAAACGUCAGAGUGAGCAACAAACUUUCCGCAGGGAUCAGAAAAAUUGAUUGUCUCUUCCGCAAUUUUCAGUUGAUUUAGUUGUAGAAUCAGAUUAAACGGUGCUCAGGGAUGGCGAAGAAAAAGUCAAUAGUUUGGCUUGGGUUCGACGAUGAACCGAUCUUGGAGAAGGAUAAGGCGCUUCUGUCCUAUGCAACGAACAAAAUCGGAGGCCAUGCGGAUUGGCCAGCUGGUGUGGUGGAUGUAGCACCGUGUGUUUUCUGUGGCCAACAGAGGCCACUGAUCGUUCAAAUCUACGCCCCGUUGGAUGAUUCUCAGUUUCACCGCACGCUGUACGUGUUUGCGUGCUUAAACGCACCAUGUUCGACACAAUCGCAAUCUUGGUCCUGCAUCAGGAUACAAUCGCUCGAGAAAAGCUCCCCGGGUGCGGACAGUUCUGAACUGGGUGCCAUGAGGCUACCGGCAAAGGAGAGCACGAUAUCGUGGUGCAGCGGUGCGGACGAUUGGGAUGACGAUGAGGACGACGCUCGCACGAACAAGGACAUCAGCACAUCAACCUUUAUGCGGGUCGACACCAGCAGUAGCACGGGUAACGCAGACCAGUUGCUGAACGAGGAAAACGGUAACGUCAUCCAGUACGAGAAGGUUUCGGACGAAGACGACGAAACUAACUCUAUGGAAGCCGACCCGGUUCCGGGGUUCGAAAACCUGUACGUCGACGAACGGAAUGCAAACGCGUGCGUUGAUGGGCGAUCGGUAGGGGCGACUGGCGGAGAGAUGAUUGACAACAGGCACACAGCGAAGGCUUCAGCGGAAAUCGAAGGACCGGAAACGGCGGAAGUUGUCGUGGUCGAUUCUCCGAUGACACUGAAGCGUGAUUUGAUCGCUCUACUUAAACAGCCGCAGGUUGUUCCGCGUGGCUUCGAAAAUGUUACACUGCGCGCACUCUAUAUUAGCGUCGAAGAGGAACGAUCGACCGUACCGAUCGUCUCCGACCAUGUGCGUCAGUUAAUGAAUGAUUACCAACGAAAUGAAGAAGACAUCACAAGCCUUGAUAGUCCGACCGAACAUCGCUACUGA